UCCCCCCCUCUCCAACCUCUCCUAUAAAAGCUCAUUUCAUCAUCCAACCAUAAGCAGAAGCAGAAAUCUCAUAAUCACUUUUCUGCAUCAAACUUAAAACUAUUCUCUUCCCACCUCUCUAAUCACUUCAAAAUCCAAAUGGCUUUCAGGGCAGCGGCAUACUGGAAAUCGAUGGCGAAUGGGCGGAGCUUUAGCACAUCAACGGCGCCGAAGCUAAAUGCUUACGCCCCAACGCCACACCAUAUUCUUCCAUCUCCGGGAGCCCUUAAAUCCAAGUUACCCAAGGGGGAUAUAGUGCCGGUUUGUGUUGCGACGGGGAUGAUAGCCCUGUCGACGAGUUUCGGGUUGUACACGAUGUUGCAUCAAUUGGGUCGGGCCCCUAAUGUGUACGUGAAGAAAUCUCGGAGGGAGACGAUCCCGGAGGUGGUGGAGCCGGAGCACGUGGCGGAGCAAGCCGAGGCGUUCGUCAAAAAGUCAUUUUUCCGGAAGGUGGCUCACGUCCAAGACCCUGAUCGUACCCAGGUCUUGCCUAACCCCAUUCGUGGCGACAUCUAUAGCAGGGCAAUGAAGGUUGAGACAUUGAAGGACAUUGGAGUGGAUCCUAAGCUGUAAUUUCUGGGUUGAUUGUUUGAGAUUGGAGUUUAUGAGCCAUCAAAGAUGACAAGUGUGGAGAAGUAUUAGUUGGCCACAAAUCUUGUAUAUAGUGUACCCACCAAAUAUAUCUGCAUUAAAUAUAAUUCAAGAGCUAUUUCUUUUCGUAGUUGUUUUUCUUUUUCUUUUAAUUUUUUGGGUGAUUAAAAAUUAGGGAUGACUAUAUUCACUCACUAUAA